AGGGGUUGGUCUUUGGAAUCGGAGAAGCAGAUUCGUUGCUCGGUAGCACGGCCGGAGCUGGUCCGGUCAGGAGUCGGGAUUUGCGGGGGGAGGUUCUCCACUGGCCAAGAGAAGGCCUUAAGAAAGACGGUAUUAAUCUCCCAUUGCGGCUCCCGCCUGGUCCCAUCUUCGGCCCGCUCCUCCAGGAAAUGAAUCUGCUGCCGAAUCUCGAGAGUCCAGUGACUCGGCAGGAGAAGAUGGCGACCGUGUGGGAUGAGGCCGAGCAAGAUGGAAUUGGGGAGGAGGUGCUCAAGAUGUCCACGGAGGAGAUCAUCCAGCGCACACGGCUGCUGGACAGUGAGAUCAAGAUCAUGAAGAGUGAAGUGUUGAGAGUCACCCAUGAACUCCAAGCCAUGAAGGACAAGAUCAAAGAGAACAGUGAGAAAAUCAAAGUGAACAAGACCCUGCCGUACCUUGUCUCCAACGUCAUCGAGCUCCUAGAUGUUGAUCCUAAUGACCAAGAGGAGGAUGGUGCCAAUAUUGACCUGGACUCCCAGAGGAAGGGCAAGUGUGCUGUGAUCAAAACCUCUACACGACAGACAUACUUCCUUCCUGUGAUUGGGUUGGUGGAUGCUGAAAAGCUAAAGCCAGGAGACCUGGUGGGUGUGAACAAAGACUCCUAUCUGAUCCUGGAGACGCUGCCCACAGAGUACGACUCGCGGGUGAAGGCCAUGGAGGUGGACGAGAGGCCCACGGAGCAAUACAGUGAUAUUGGGGGCUUGGACAAGCAGAUCCAAGAGCUGGUGGAGGCCAUUGUCUUGCCAAUGAAUCACAAGGAGAAGUUUGAGAACUUGGGGAUCCAACCUCCAAAAGGGGUGCUGAUGUAUGGGCCUCCAGGGACAGGGAAGACCCUCCUGGCCCGGGCCUGUGCCGCACAGACUAAGGCCACCUUCCUAAAGCUGGCUGGCCCCCAGCUGGUGCAGAUGUUCAUUGGAGACGGUGCCAAGCUAGUCCGGGAUGCCUUUGCCCUGGCCAAGGAGAAAGCACCCUCUAUCAUCUUCAUUGAUGAGUUGGACGCCAUUGGCACCAAGCGGUAAGGGAGGGCCAAGGAUCCUCA